UCAAUAUAAAUAUUUCAAACCCUACUCUCCAUCUUCUCACCUCAUCACACACAGAGAGACUAUGGCUCCCAAAUCCUCCUUUCUCUCUCAUCAGCCCUCCAAAGACGAAGACGAGAGAGAGGAAUCAUCCUCCGGCGAAGAAGAAGAAAAAGAAGACGAAUCAGAGCCGCAAUCUUCCUCCGACGACGAAACGGAGGCGGGCUCCUCCUCCGAGGAAGCCCCAAAUCGACGAACCCUAGAAAGUCUCAAUUCCCCAAUAUCAGCUCCCAAAUCGGCCUCGCGAGGUAAUAGAUUGGAUUCCGACGCCGAUUCCGACGGCUCCCCUUCCAAUUACAUGCUACAGCCGAUCCGCAAGGGCUCCGUCUCCUCAUCGAAGCGCAGCCGUGAUGAGAUUCAGGAGGAUUUGUUGAGGAGCUAUAAGAGCUCGAGAAUUGAGGAGAAGAAAUCUCCUUCCACUCCGGCGGGAGGUGGUGGGGGUGGGGGUGGGGGUGGGGGUGGGCUGGGGUGUAUCAAUAGGCUGUGGAGUAACGAGGAUGAGAUCGCCGUGCUAAAUGGGAUGAUUGAAUUCAAAACCGCCAAGGGUUUCGACCCGAACGCGGAUAUGGGGGCGUUUCACAGCUUCAUCAAGGGGAAAUUGAAGGUGGAUUUCUCGAGGGAUCAGCUGAGGACUAAGAUUACAAGGAUGAAGAAGAGGUUCUUGAAUGCUUUGAAGAAGGGCGCGGACCCUGUCUUCUCGAAGCCUCACGAGGAUACGGCAUUCGUGCUCUCGAAGAGGAUUUGGGGGAAAAGUGAGAAUGCGAAGAAGAAGGUGGAGAAGGAUGUGGUGGAUGAGAGAGAGGCUGUGGAGAGAGAAAGGGAUGGCGAAGGAGAGGACUUUUGGUCCAAGUACCCGAACAUUAAUGCGUCCUUUGAUACUAUGAAGGCGAACUUCCCCUCCCUCGUUGCUCCCGUGGCUGGGAUGAGUUUGUUGAGGGAGAGGUUGAGUUUGAUCGGGAAUGUGAAGGCCAAGGCAUUGGAUAAUAAGUGGAAGCAGUUGCUUGUGGAGGAGAGUGAGCUGAGUUACAAGAUUUUGAUGUUGAUGAAGGAACAGGUUGAAAUGGCUUUGGAUCAAUGAUAGGGUUGACAAUUGCUAAGUUGGUAUUUUUGUGCUUUAUUUUAUACUCCCCUUUUAAAGUUAAUUGUGAUUCUUUGUUUUCAUUAGGAUAAUGAAGUUUUUGAGUAUAUGUUCAAAUUCUUGCUUAAGUUAAUAGUUAAUCUGUCAUUGUUUCUAA